GCAAACAGCUAGUGCCCUAGCUGUAUGCAGAACACAGAGGCGCUGCUGCUGCAGCUCAGCUUGGUUCGCGUCAACCCGCUGGUGGUUUGUGGUGUGGGUGCGCGACAGCUUCGUCUUUUAAUAUUUUUGUUACUGUCUCUUUUAAAAUACACGAUGGGCAAAAAAGAAGAAGAGGAGAUCAUUCGGAUUGCGAAAAAGAUUGAUAAAAUGGCUCAGAAGAAAAAUGCGUCCGGCGCACUGGAUCUUCUGAAGGAGCUGAAGAGCAUCAGCAUGACGCUGGAUUUACUCCAGUCGACCAGAAUUGGCAUGUCCGUUAAUGCAAUUCGCAAACAGAGCACCGACGAAGAAGUCACAUCACUCGCCAAAUCCCUUAUCAAAUCGUGGAAAAAACUCUUGGAUUCUGAUCCUGGUUCCGGUGACAAGUCAUCUGACGAAAAAAGAAAGGAGCCAUCCACACCCACGGCCACAUCGCAGGAUAGCCCUGAGCCUAACGAAGAGAGCUCAAGCAGCAAUUCCAGCAAGAGUGAUCUGGUCGAAUCCACCAACACCAACACGCUUAUUGCCACCUUCCCACGAGCGCCUGUCACCUCUGACUCAGUGCGGAUCAAGUGCCGGGAGAUGCUCACCAAUGCCCUGCAGACAGGAGAUGACCACAUUACUAUUGGAGCAGACGCUGAUGAACUUGGGGCCCAGAUUGAGGAAUGCAUCUUCGCAGAGUUUAAGAACACUGACAUGAAAUACAAGAACCGUGUGCGGAGCAGGAUUGCAAACCUGAAGGACUCCAAGAACCCCAACCUGCGGAGGAAUGUUCUGUGUGGAAACGUGGCACCGGAUCGCAUAGCCAAGAUGACCGCCGAGGAAAUGGCGAGCGAUGAGCUGAAGGAGAUGCGCAAGAACAUGACCAAAGAGGCCAUCCGGGACCAUCAAGUGGCCCAAAGCGGGGGCACUGAAACUGACCUAUUUCAGUGUGGGAAGUGCAAAAAGAAGAAUUGCACAUACACACAGGUUCAGACUCGCAGUGCUGAUGAACCAAUGACCACAUUCGUCUUCUGCAAUACGUGCGGAAAUAGGUGGAAGUUCUGUUGAAGCUUGGAGGAGUGUCUUCGUCUUGCAGAGAAGUAGCCUAAUUCCCUGAUCAGGAGUCUGAAUCGGUUAUACAUAGGAACUUCUUCUUCAGUGGUACCUGGUGCACAAAUAUUGUCCCGAAAUCUCACUGAAUGUUUGUACUUUUUUUUUUUUUUUUUUGGUUACAGAACUGUUUUCUGUGUUUUUAUCUUGACAUGCAGACCGGCUAAACCGUUGAAAGACAAAUGUUGCGUCUCUUUAUCUACCAUCACUUUUUAUAUGUAGUUUUAACUUUUUGACAUUGAUCACAUUUACCUUUUAUUGCUUCGCCCUAACGUUGAUUAGUCACAAAUAUUUAAAAUAGAACGAGAAAUGUCAUGUGAAAUAAAUCAAAAUGAUGAACCUUC